AUGUCAGAGUUGAGGGCCCCCCCGCGCCGCCUCGGCCUGGGUCCCCCUCCCGGGGACGCCCCCCGCGCCGAGCUGGUGGCGCUCACGGCUGUGCAGAGCGAGCAGGGUGAGGCGGGCGGGGGCGGCUCCCCGCGCCGCCUCGGCCUUCUGGGCAGCCCCCUGCCUCCGGGCGCGCCCCUCCCUGGGCCGGGCUCCGGUUCGGGCUCCGCCUGCGGCCAGCGCUCCUCGGCGGCUCACAAGCGCUACCGCCGCCUGCAGAACUGGGUCUACAACGUGCUGGAGCGGCCCCGCGGCUGGGCCUUCGUCUACCACGUCUUCAUAUUUUUGCUGGUCUUCAGCUGCCUGGUGCUGUCUGUACUGUCCACUAUCCAGGAGCACCAGGAACUUGCCAACGAGUGUCUCCUCAUUUUGGUGAGUGUUGAGGGUCUCUGUCAGUCCAUCUGAGAGAGUCUG